AUGGCGCCCACCAAAACCAUCGAAACCCUCACCCUCGAAGCAGCCCAAGCCGCCGCCCACGCCUGCGCAACCCACUCCAAAGCCAUAAACGUACCCAUGAACAUCGCCGUCGUAGACGCCUCAACCCACCUCCUGCACUUCAGCCGCAUGGACGGCGCAAAACUGACCUCGAUCCACAUCGCCAUCGACAAGGCCUUCACAGCCGCAGGCCACCGUGUGCCUACUUCCACAUACAAAGAGGCCGUAUGGCCUGGAGGAGCCGCGUUCGGGAUCUGGAAUACUAAUGGGGGCCGCUUUUCUACGAUUGGCGGCGGGGUGCCGAUCAAGAAUUCUAGGGGGGAGGUGCUGGGCGCGGUGGGGUGUUCUACGGGGACGCCGGCGCAGGAUGAGGAGGUUGCGAGGGCGGGGGUCGAGGCGGUGGAGAGGUUGUUGAAGGGGGAGGGGAGAGAGAGGGCGAAGUUGUAG